AUGUUGGCAGUUGCUGCGCGUCGUGUCCAGCCAAAGGUACUUGCCCCGCAGACGCGCGCGAUACACGACCUACUCAGCCUCCCCAACAAGCCCGUUAUCUCGUAUGGCCCGCCGGGGCGAAGCGCGGACACCGGCCAUGUUGUAACUGUCUUUGGAUGCACAGGUUUCCUUGGACGUUAUCUAGUGGCAAAGCUCGCCAAGGCGGGCAGCCAAAUUAUUGUUCCAUACCGCGAUGAGGAUGAGAAGAGGCACUUGAAGCCCAUGGGGGAUCUCGGUCAGAUCGUACCCAUGGAAUGGAACCUCCGUCGUGCCGACCAGAUCGAGGAGUGCCUCAGACAUUCCGACACCGUAUACAAUCUUGUUGGACGCGACUACGAGACCAAGAACUUCAAGUUUCGCGAUGUUCAUGUAGACGGCGCAGAGCGCAUCGCGAAGAUUGCUGCGCAAGCCGGAGUUCCGCGUUUCAUUCAAGUCUCCCAUCUCAAUGCUUCGCUCGACACUACUUCGACAUUCUACAAGUCACGUUUUGAGGGCGAAGAGAAGGUGAAGGCGGCAUAUCCCGGUGCAACCAUUGUCCGUCCGGCCGCAAUGUACGGUUACGAGGACAGGUUCUUGAACAAUAUGGCUAUCUGGCCUAUCUGGUGGAAGCUGAACCAUAUGAAGACGAAAAUUCGGCCAGUGCAUGUUAUGGACGUCGCCCAGGCUCUGACCAAUAUCCUUGAAGUUCCUUCGCUUCCUGGUCUGCUCAACCUUCCCGGUCCCUCGACGCUCACCUACGAGUAUCUGCUCGCUCUUGUCUCCUCUGUGACCUGCCAGCCGCCGUCGCGCGCUCCUACCGUACCCAAGCAGAUUGCGCUGCUCUCCGCACGGGCAGCACAGAAUAUCUGGUGGCCCGCAUUGAGCCCGGAUGAAGUUGAGCGGCGGUAUAUCAGCGACACCGAGGUUCCCGGCGAUUGGGACAAGGUUGGCGUGGAGCCGACGGAGAUUGAGGACAGCGCGAUCCUGUACCUGAGGAGAUACCGCUCCGCGGAGAACUACGUUCGUCCUGUCGUCCUGCCGCCUUCUCGCGAGUCUCCGUACGAGUUCUCAUAG